GUUAGCUAAGAAAAGUUAUACAAGUAGCGGUGAAAAGGAAAAGCUUGUGAAAAGUUAAGUUCUUAAUUAUUUUUGGAAUCCAAAAGUGUUUUUAAAAACCUUGUGCAAAUUCUUAAGCGACUUUUGAUUCACAAUAUUUUAUUGAAAGCACCACAAAAUGGCGUUCCGCGUGAUAAACAAAUGGAUCUUUCUUUUCUUGCAAGUAACAAUCUGCAUUUACUUCUUCAUCGACUCAACCAGCGCUACGUGCAACGUUUGUCAGGAUAAUCAAGUCGCCUGUAUUAAUUCAACAUCUUUCUAUCUCUGCUUUGGGGAUAGUAAUCCCAAUAUGGACGUGUUGUAUCACUGCAAGGAGGGCUUUGAGUGUACCGAAUAUAACGCCAUCUGUCUGCAAGCGAGUGCAACACGUGCGCCCAGUUGUGGUUCCACAUCACUUUGUGGCCAAUGCACGGCUCAGGCUAAUGCGCUCUUCGCAUGUUUAAGUCGCACCACAUUCCAAAUGUGCUAUGGCGCUGUGCAUCCCACCGGCCAGGUGGGUUAUUGCCCCAGUGGAUUUGUGUGUGACGCAACGAGUGAUGCUGUUUGUGUUAGCACGGCCGGUACAUAUACUGUUACCUGUGAUGUCGUCGAUUCUUCCACCGAUACGACAACAGCAACUACAGCCACUACAGAAAGUACAACUCCAACUAGUACAUAUCCAUUGACACCGAAUGAAGUUUGUGCCCAACAAACACGGAGUGGGCUCUAUCCAACCAUACCAAACGAUCCCUAUUGCAAAAGAUAUGUAUACUGUCGGAAUGCGAGAGGCGUUGAGUAUUCGUGUCCUGCGAACACAUACUUCAGCAUAGAAUCAAAAGCUUGCACUAUUUAUAAGCCAAUGUACUGUACUUGAAUAAAUGUUUUCUUAUAGAGUGUCUGCCAGUAA